GCUGCCACACCUCCUUUCCCACAGUUAUUAUUUUUAUUCUUUUUGAUUUUAGACUAUGACUGAUUCCCCCUUAGCGUCUCCACCUGUGACCAGAUCCGUCAUGAAUCCCUCCUGCAGCUCAUUUUACUCUCUUUCAUGGAUGCCUUCCACUCUCGUCAUGUCCAACUAUAUAACCUCCUCUGCUUCCCCCCUCUACUUCUCAAUUUCAACUUCAUACAUCUGCAUUCAGCCCAUCAACUCAUAUCUACUACCAGCUAUAUAGCCACUCGCAAGCUCACUUUGUUUGCGAUUCUAUUCAUUCGAAUCCAUCACUGCUACACAUACCGCAUACCACGUGCUCACCCAGGGCUCAACUUGAUCCAUCCGUCA